CUAGCGGCACAAAGGAAAACUGCUGCUCAGGUCCAAAUUGGUGAGGGCGGAAAGCUGCAACUGCAGUACGUUUCCCUAUUACAAAGAGCCCUGGCUCUGCCAGGAAGAGCCGGACGCAGCGAAAGGCACGCCACGGAAGAACUUUGGUAGUUGGAUGCCUCUGCUGUUGGCAGCUAUGCUGGUAGCAUGUUUAUUCGGUGUGGUCCCUCUACUGCGAGAAGACCCGCUUCCUUCUGAUGCCCUACACUGCCGUUUGUUUAGCUGGAGAACUUAAUGAGUAAUGAAUGUGCUCGUCUGGCUGAUAGAAAGUAUUUCCACAGCCUGCGGGUGUGUUUAUAGAGAGCCGGAGAGAGACCACAGGCAGCAAUUUGUCUUCUUAGGUAUCAGCAAAGUCUUCUCUUUUAACAACUACAGGAUUUAUUUUUAACUGCUUGACUCAGUGUUUGUCAGAUGAUUCGGACCAUCAAACUGCAGAUGGAAGUACCCAGCGCGGGGGAAGCUGGAAUGGCAAGGGGAAGGGGGCUGGCUGGGAAAAGGGGUGGGAUUUCAGCAUCGUGCCUCUGGGGCUCUGCCUCCCAAUGUGGGAGAGAGUUUAGGGCUUCCAGCAGCAGGAGUGUAUUUGCAGGUCAGGCUGGGAACUAAAGAGGAAUGGCUGCCUUCAGCUGCUCAAAGACAUAAUUGCCCAGUGAUUGGGGUAUCGUGAGGAGGAACCCAGGACCCAGGGACCAGGGACCAGCGUGUGCGGAGCGCUCGGCAAAUUGCGCUUUGCUCCUGCUUGAUGCUGCUUGUCUCCAGAAAGCUCUCACCAUGAUCGAUAGCUCCAAGAAGCAGCAACAGGGCUUCCCAGAGAUUUUAACUGCUGGGGAUUUCGAACCAUUAAAAGAAAAGGAAUGCCUUGAGGGGAGCAACCAGAAAAGUCUCAAGGAAGUGCUCCAGCUGAGGCUGCAGCAGAGGAGGACAAGAGAACAACUGGUGGACCAGGGCAUCAUGCCACCUUUGAAGAGCCCAGCUGCAUUCCAUGAGCAGAUAAAAAGCUUGGAACGAGCCAGAACUGAAAACUUUUUGAAGCAUAAGAUUCGGAGCCGACCAGAUCGUUCUGAACUUGUCAGGAUGCACAUUUUAGAAGAGACAUUUGCAGAGCCAUCCCUGCAGGCCACUCAGAUGAAAUUGAAAAGAGCUCGACUAGCUGAUGAUCUGAAUGAGAAGAUUGCUCAGAGACCUGGUCCUAUGGAGCUAGUAGAGAAAAACAUCCUUCCUGUGGACUCCAGUGUUAAGGAAGCAAUUAUAGGCGUUGGGAAGGAGGACUAUCCUCAGACUCAGGGCGAUUUCUCAUUUGAUGAAGACAGCAGUGAUGCUUUGUCUCCAGACCAGCCAGCCAGCCAGGAGUCGCAGGGGUCAGCCGCGUCCCCAAGUGAGCCAAAAGUUAGCGAAUCGCCGUCUCCUGUGACCACAAACACUCCAGCUCAGUUUACUCCAGUAUCCCCAGCAGUUCCUGAAUUCUUGAAAACUCCUCCUACGGAUCAGCCCCCCACCAGGUCCACAGCUCCUGUUCUCCCCACCAACACUGUGUCCUCAGCAAAGCCUGGGCCAGCACUGGUAAAGCAAAGCCAUCCCAAGAAUCCUAAUGACAAACACCGCAGCAAAAAGUGCAAAGAGCCCAAGCCCCGCGUUAAGAAGCUAAAGUACCACCAGUACAUUCCUCCCGACCAGAAAGGUGAGAAGAGCGAGCCGCAGAUGGACUCCAACUACGCCCGCCUGCUCCAGCAGCAGCAGUUGUUUCUACAGCUCCAGAUCCUGAGCCAGCAGCAGCAGCAUUACAACUACCAGACCAUCCUGCCGGCACCACUUAAGCCACUCAACGACAAAAAUAGCAACACUGGGAAUUCAGCUCUGAACAAUACCACACCGAACACACCAAGACAGAAUACAUCUGCUCCUGUGAGGAAACCAGGACCUCUGCCUUCUAGCUUGGAUGACUUAAAGGUAUCAGAACUGAAGACAGAACUGAAGUUAAGGGGUCUUCCAGUGUCGGGCACCAAACCAGACCUCAUCGAACGCCUGAAACCCUACCAGGAAAUAAACAGUAGUGGCGUUGCUGCCGGCAGUGUCCUGGCUGUGCCAGCAUCUGCUAUCGUCACCAGUAACCCAGAAGUCACCGUGGCAUUGCCGGUAACAACACUACACAACUCUGUGACAAGCUCGGGCUCCUCUUUCAAGGCCGAAUUGCCACCCACUGGCACCAGCAACAUUGAGAACGUCAAUUCCCCUCUGCCCAUCUCACCAUCCCCCUCUGAACAGUCCAGCCUCGGUACUGAGGACACAAACAUGGCAGACACUUUCACUGAAAUUAUGACCAUGAUGUCUCCAGCACAGUUCCUGUGCUCGUCCCCGCUGAGAGUGACGGGCAGUGAAGACAGCCCAAGCCCCACCAGCAGCACGCUGUCAAGUCUGGAACUGGACGCAGCUGAGAAGGACCGCAAGCUCCAGGAGAAGGAGAAGCAGAUCGAGGAGCUCAAGAGGAAACUGGAACAAGAGCAGAAGCUUGUGGAAGUUCUGAAAAUGCAGCUUGAAGUUGAAAAGCGAGGGCAGAGGCAGCCGCCACCGCCGCCACCCCUAGAACCCCAGGCCGGCACCCCAGCCUCUUCCGCCACCAAGUCAGAUCAGAAACAUGGCAGCGUUGGUUCCUCCGUCAAGGAUGAGACCUCACUCAGCGACUGCUCCAGCUCCAGGCAGCCUGGCCCAGGAGCCAGCCAUUCUGUAGGCCCGCCCAUCUCAACAGGGGGCCAGACCCUUGUUGCCAAAAAGGCUGUGGUGAUCAAGCAGGAGGUCCCUGGGGCCCAGGCGGAGCAGCAGAGCAUCGUCCCGCAGUUUUACGUGAGUUCCCAGGGACAGCCGCCGCCUACCGUUGUCACUCCGCCUCAGGCUUUACUGACCACACAAACUGCUCAGCUGCUGCUGCCACUGUCCAUCCAGGGCUCCGGCGUCACCUCAGUGCAGCUCCCCGUAGGCAGCCUCAAACUCCAGACUCCAGCACAAGCAGGAAUCCAGACUCAGCCUCAGACAGCAACUGCCACCCUGUCCUCAGGCUUAGCCCAGACUGUACCUCAGAAACAAGAUACUUUCACGCCACAUGUGCUCAGUCAGCCUCAGCAAGUUAGAAAGGUUUUCACAAACUCGGCAUCGAAUACAGUUCUCCCGUAUCAGAGAGCACCCACUCCAGGGGUCCAGCAGCCCUUUGUUAAUAAGACGCCCCCCAGCGUUCUCCAGUCCAGAAAUGCACCACUUCCAUCCCUGCAGAACGGACCUGCCACUUCCAAUAAGCCCGCCUCACCACCGCCACCCCAGCAGUGUGUCGUCCAGCACUCCCUGUUCGGGAGCCCAGUCCCCAAGACAAAAGACCCUCCCCGCUAUGAGGAGGCCAUCAAGCAGACGCGCAGCGCCCAGUCCUCCCUUCCCGAGAUUUCAAAUGCACACAGUCAGCAGAUGGACGACCUCUUUGAUAUCCUAAUUAAGAGUGGGGAGAUUUCCCUCCCUAUAAAAGAAGAGCCUUCGCCUAUUUCCAAAAUGAGACCAGUGACUGCCAGCAUCACCACAAUGCCAGUCAACACAGUGGUGUCCCGCCCGCCACCCCAAGUCCAAAUGGCACCCCCCAUCUCCUUAGAACCCAUGAGCAGUUUAUCUGCCAGCCUAGAGAACCAGCUAGAAGCUUUCUUGGAUGGAACUUUACCUUCAACCAAUGAAAUUGUUCCACUACAAAGCAGCAGUGAAGACAGAGAGCCCUUCUCUCUGAUCGAGGACCUCCAGAAUGAUCUGCUGAGUCACUCAAGUGUGCUGGACCAUUCACACUCACCCAUGGAGACUUCCGAGGCCCAGUUUGCUGCAAGUACUCCCUGUCUGUCACUUGACCUUUCUGACUCAAACUUGGACAACAUGGAGUGGCUGGACAUUACCAUGCCUAACACGUCAGGGCUCACCCCCCUCAGCACAACUGCUCCCAGCAUGUUCUCCGCUGACUUUCUAGAUCCACAAGACCUGCCGUUGCCAUGGGACUAACAGCACAGAUUUCUCAUUCGAGUUCAUGACGUUUAAGAAGAUGAAGAGCAUUCUAGGUCAGUUUUUAGAGACAGAUUGAUAGUUGCAUUGUUGCAAUUAAAAUAUGUUGUUACAGAAAGAAUGAAUAGAUCGGCACAGCCUGGAAACCGAGCGUGAAAAUAUUUCACUGCGCCCAGCAGUGAUUUUCUGCAAUUUAACACAGCACAGGGCUUUCUGAAAAAUCAUUGGUCAAAGAAGACUCCUCUGUUUCUCCAGACUUCAGCAAAGAAUGAAUAAAGACAUACAGAAGAGUGAUGUGUGAGGAUAACAACACGAGGGUUCUCUGGUCAUCAACUGAAACUACAUUUACACUUCUGUGGUCACCUUAAGACCCUGAAUAGAAGGCAGACAGCUCCACACAGAAGAGAAUGCCAGUGGAGGGAGGUGAACGGUCACUGCAUGUGGGUAUGUCCUAGAAAUGGCCUGAGCCCGGCCCAGGCAGCAGAGGCAGUGGAGAGCGCCAGCCAGUUCCAUGACAGCUUCCAGCUGAAGACUUUUGGUUCCAUUCAGAAACCAACCAACCUAAUUUUUCUGUGUUGUAAUUUGUGAUUUGGGGACUCUUACUUUAGCUUCCCAGAUUUAAAAUUAAGUGGAAGAUCUUUCACCAUCACUAGACAAUGUCUACAAAAUACUGUCAUAAACAAUCCACUGUAAAAAGUACACAUAUAUUGAUAACACUGAAAAUUCUAUUAGCAACCCUCGGGGUUGAUUAGAUUGAUCUUAAUGUGUAUAUUAGACAUUUGUAUGUACACUCUGACAUUGUAAUAUGUACAGCCUACGUUGGGGUAAGGAAUUGGGUAUCCAGUGGUCCUACUUAUUUUAAUAACUCGACUAUUUCUAGAGUACUUGAGCCAUGUGUAUUUCCAUAUUUAAAGAAAUGCUGACUGAUUUCAGGUAACCAGACCCAUCUCAAAGAACCAAGGAAGGCUUUAGUGUAAAAUAUCUUUCUGAGCUAUUGAGUUGCAUAGAGAGGGCAGAGGAGAAGUAUGCCACCAGCCCAGGAUGUUCCUGCAGGGGCUCCAGGUUAGAAUCUCAACAGGCUGGCCAUCGAGCCCCAGGUCUGGCCACCUCUUCUCUGUCGCUUUGCCCUGUCAUUUUACAGGCUUGUAACUGGAUGUCAUUCCCAAGCUCUCACCAAUCUCAAGCCGAACAUUGAAAAACUGGAGGUUUUACUAGUCAUUGUUUUAUAUAGAAAAGAAGUUAUCAUGUAUUUGCUGGGUAGUUUAAGAAUUUUCUAAAAUGCCAACUAUCACAGGACUUCCAAAAUUAUUUUCAAGCUACUUAAGGAUAUGACAAAACGUAAGUAACUGAAAACAAAAACGAACAAACAACCCUGAAAUCUACCAAAAAAGUGUGAAGGUGUUUCUUAAAUAUCAUCAUGCUCUGCACCUCACUUCAUGUAAACCCAAGGGUCAGGUUGCUUCUCUGGGUCCUUAGACAUCACCGUGGGAAUAUCACCAUCUAAGAGCCAGCCUGAUCCAUUAUUUGGAAAGAAUUUGAGCAUCACUGCAGGGUUUGUGCUUUGCCUAAGAGCUGAUCGUCUUUCAAAUCUUUAUUUUGGUUUGUAGAUUUUACUCCCUGUAAGGAAGGUUUGUUUUUCCAGUAUUUAGCUGCCCAGAACCCUGGAGCCCUCUUUAACUGGCACCUCCCAACUUGAAAGCAUUUCUGAAGGGUUCAAGGCAGAAGCAGUUAUGCUCAGUGAGUCAUUUAAAUGUUUAUAAGCUGGUAAUCCAGUGCAUGGAAUCUAGUAACUUUGUUAACAGAAUGCUGCCCUGUGAGCAAGCCCAAGAGGCUGUGCCACUCCAGGCGGGAUGUCCAGCCCCAGCCCGUCCCUUCCAGAAGAGCCCGUCUCCUUGGAUAGGGCAGUUGACUUGGACAGGUACUUGUUGGGGCCGGGGGGAUUGGGCCAUGGAUUUUUGUCUGGGGCUUACCUACUGCACACUCAGACUCUGAGCAUCCUUCUCACUCAGAUUGAAAUGGCUUAAGUGAGCACCAGACAUCAGUGGGACCGUAGGAGGCCCGUGAGCGGCUAGGGCCAUUGGCUCUCAUGGAAUUCCUGUGUCUACUAUCCUGAGCCGUGCACACAGAUGCUCUCCUAGCCCUCGGCUCUCCUCCUGCUUUUUAAAGAUAAAGUCUGAAAACUGCGACAGGAAGGAUGCUCUCCAGAAAUACACACGUCAGUGCAGAGAACGCCAUCCCACUAGCCUGCCUGCUUCUGACCACGACCUGCUCAAGUACCUACUUCACACAUGUGUUCACACCCUUAUGUACAGAGCUUCCUCAGAAGGGAAGGAGAGGAAUCUCCCGUCACCAACUCUACCUGCACCAUUCCACCGGGCCCUCCCGUCCUGGCUUGGGCAAUGAGCCCGGCACGCAUGGCAUGGGUGCCACCGUCCAUGGUCCCAGCUGCAUGUUCUAGGUUAGCAUGACCACCCAGACCAUGUGCAGCCUGUGACGUGACCAAAGGCGACGCUGUAAGCAAGGCCCCUCCGACCUGACUCGGUGCACGUCCUGCUAAGCGAUGGAGAGGCGUUCACCACAGAGGACUAUUUGUAUUGUUCACGCUGUCACAGCCAGUAAAGCCCAGGGCAGGACGGCCAGUUGCAUUUUCAGUCUGCAGGUGUGUCGUUCAGACGUGGUAGCGUGGUACAUCGUCUCACGGAUCAUAUUGCCAAGGAAACCACCAGGUCCUGGACACAUGUUCUCCCGCAUUGUCGUACCUUCCUGAAUAUUCCUGAGACAAAGUAGUAUCCUGCCUGCCUCUCCAGGGUAUGCAGGUGCCAGGUCACGCCAUUGGGGGGCAGGAAAGUCACACCAGAGCUUCUACGUCCUUGCAAGUAGGGCAGUGGGGUCCUCGCGUACAUUUCAGCAGCGCGUGUCGAGGGCCUGUCGGCUCACGUGCUAGCGUUUCUCCUGAAUUGUGCAAUCUACUGUACAGUAUUUGCCACAUAUUUGUACAUAGAUCUCUUCUCAAUUCGUGGGAUAUCUUGCUCCGAUACUUCGUGUUUUAUAGGACUAUUUUUAUGAUCCUAGAGAGAGCUCUCAUGUAAGUUUCCUUUUGAAAGGCUGCGCAGUUCUGCGAUCCAGGUGACUACGCCCAAGGCAGCUGAUUUCAGAGGGCCGUGGGCUGCGGCCUCCGGGCUGCGGCCUGUUGAAAGCGACGUCAUGGUAAUCCGAUAGCGCUAUGGAACUGUGCGCUCAGCAGCCCCCAGUGAUGGAUCAGCAGCGUGUUACCCAUUUUGUCACCAAAGUUGACUCAGGCUUCCUCCCCUCCUCACCCCCAGAUCAUUCCAGGCCACCUCGCUGUCUUCAGCGCCCUUUCAGAAUUCCCAGGCUGCAACCAGCCACAGCAGCUGGCAAAGCAGCUGUCCUCACAAGUGAUGGGACAGUCCCUCUCCUGUCCGCCAGCGGGCUUGGCCUUACAGACGUGAGUGGUCAAGGCCCUUUGGCAGGCGCAGCACAUGCCCUCAGACCAUUGCCGAGGGCCUGCCUGUCGGGCAGCGGGCCUUACCAGGCUCCUGCUGGCAGUCGGGGGUGGGGGAGGCACCCAUGUCUGCACACGUGCAUCCUGACCCCUGGUAACAGAGCAGGAAAUCAGACAAAUUGCCCGCUGCCCUGGAGGCCACACAAUUAGUCCAGGUUAUCCAAGCACAUUAACUGGAAGGUCAGCUUUAUCAAGGAGCACGGCUUACAAGGGCAGGUCUGUGUGUUUGGAGAGCAUCCUAACUGCAUUUAGGCUCAUCUAAGUGGUUGCAGUCAAAACUGGAAAAAUAAGAAGAUGCAGUCAUUCUUUGUCCCAUCUCAAACCUCGCUCCCUCAAUGGUCUGUCCCGGCCACCUUUCCUAUUUGUGAAGUGACUGCCUGCAUGACAACCAAGAGGCCUAUGUGUAUUCCCCAUUCACCCUUCCUUGCGGUAGCUGAGGAAUCCCUGCAUCACUGCAAAGGCUUUCCGCCUGCAAGCUCUGAUAAAAAGCUGCACAUGUUUACAAAAGAGUGCUUACCCUCCACACUAACACAUUGCUCUGUGAAUCGUGACUGGGAAAUGUCACAGUCGUGUGACAACAGGAUGGCAAUCUCAGACCAAAGGUGCUGCCUGGAAUCAAAAUAGGUCAUUGGCGAUAAUCCACACAGCUGUCGUGUUCAACAGAGCUUUGUGCCAACUACUAAGACAAAGCUUUAACCAAGUUCAUAGAAUCACCGAGACUCGUAACAAUUACCUCUCUACAUUAUGCUGUAAGGAAACUCGCUGAUUGGGUGGGAGGAGGGAGCAUUUAGGGAAGGGUUUAGUAUUUACCAAAAGUACUUAACCUCAAGUAACCAAUAGUAAUGCAAACUUGCUUUAAAGGAACCAAAGGCAUUGCCAAGUAUUUGCCAAAAGGAGGCACUUUUUAUUUAAAAUUUGAGACUAACGAGAUCUCAACAAUCAGUCCCAAAAAGGUAUUAUCCACUUAAGGUUAUAAUUUUCACAAAGAUGUAGAUAUUUCUCUAUUGUUUUCAUGUAAAAUAGUAUAGAUUUGUUUUGUUGGUUUAAGAAUAAUACAUAUUUAGUAGUAAUACGGAGUUUCUUCCUAAGUGCAGAUUCGUUUCCUUCUCUCUUGCUUGCAGUAGAAACACAGCGUGAUAGGUGUUUCUCUUCUUAUUUUCAUGGUCACAUUAUGUCUUAGCAUCUCACUUUAUGAAAACAAGGAGAAAGAUACCAACCUACAGAGCCCCGCUUACUAAAGCGCUAGCUUAAGAAACAAAAAAUUAUGGCAAUCGGGGGUCCAUUCGUGUAUUGCCUUUAUGUUGUUUUUUAAAAUGAAAACCAUGAUGCCUUUGUAUUUGCUGUUUGCACCCCUGAAAUCAAUUCCGUAUCAUGUUUGAAUGCCAUACAUUUUGCACAUGUACUGUACAUAGGUAGCGCAUACUGUAUUUUUAUAUGUGUGCACAUUUAUCAUCAGAUCUUUUGUACAUAGUGGCAGUAUGGUAGCCGACCGGGAAACGUUUGAUAUCUCAGCAAUUUUGCAUUUUUGUGUCUCAAAUAAAAAAACCUUUUGAUGUA